AUGUCUCUAGCCUUGGAUGAGCAGACCCUCCAACAUGUGGCCAGCAAUGGCGAGAUGGACUAUGAAAAAUGGCCGGCCAUCAUCGAACCACUGCUCCAACGACUCAAUGAGAUCGUGUAUACCGAAUUUCCUAUGCCACGGCCAUAUCCAAUAAUAAAUCGGCCGGCUCCUUCUUCGCCAACUCAAACACAGCCGACUCAGAUGGGUGAUUCCAAUCCCAUCUCGCAGACACCAUCGACACCUGUGCGGACCCUUCCUCCCGUUCCACCCUUUCCAACCUCAUCAGCAACCUCAACAAGCCAUGUGCCUGAUUCACUUCCUCCGUCCCAAGACGCUGAGGUUACCGCCCUGCAUGAACUCCCUGCCCUGCUGUUGCAGAUUCUCAAUAGCGUAAUCCAUACCCUUCGAUCAUCAUUCUCAGAAAGACCACCUCAUACAAUACAGCGUUUGGCAGAGCUCAUCCUAUACCCUACUAAACAUUACAAAACCCUCCCUGCGUGGUUGCGGGCCAUCGACCGAGUCGUCAGUGUUAGCAGUCCUGCGGAUAUUUUCCCACUUUCCGAAACUCCCCCUGUGGUGAAUGGUGUCAAUGGGGAUGGGGGUGGGGGGAUCCUUUGGAAUAAUGGCGACGUGCGCCACGGUUAUGACAGCAAUUCGCUGGGCAGUGAUGAGAGUCUAGGCGGCGCGCUCCUGACGCCGAUACCGUGGCUGCGGAAUGGGAUCAAUGGUGGCGAGGAUUCUGGAGAAGAUUCAGGUCCGCUGGAUUCAAACACCAGUACCAGCACAGAUUGCCUGGAUGACUCGUUCAUCUUGCCAGUAACACAGGGCGAUGCAGAGUCGUUGGUACCGGAAAGGCCAGAUGGCGCGGUUACCCAAGGCGAGUUGAUCCGCAUGGAACAAGAGGCUGGCGUGGUGCCUGUGACCCGGAACCCACCAGAGACACACGUGAGCGGGACGAUGGAAGAGAAUUCGCUCAUUGAUGAAGGGGAUGUGGUGCCUCACGCCCGUGGGCCUGACCUCGUAGGCUCUGUGGAUAUGGGCAGGGUCGACGGUCAAGACGUGGAAAUUCACAUUGGAAGCCCUCCCAGCGAAGAAGGACAAGAGAGGGCAAUAGAUGCGAAUGAUGCACAGACAGUCCUUCCGGGAGAAACUCAUACUUUGGGUUCUACACCUACAAGUGCAAUAUCGGUAAGCGGACCUGGAUCAGCGGCUGAUUCCGAUGAUUUCGAAAUCGUGCUCAAGGACGCCGUUGAGGGCGGCGAUGCGGAUGCCAUGCAAGUCGAUGAGAGGCGCGGAGAUGGCGAGAAGCAGCAGAAGUCACAGUCGCCCACGGAAGACGGCGACAUCGUUCUUGUGGAUGCGGACGGAAAGACCGACGACGAGAUCGAAUCAAAGGCCGAAAACUCGGGCGAGAACGUCGGACCGGAUGCUGUGGAUGCCAGUACUGUGACUUGA